GUCCCAACACUGCCACUUCACUCUUUAUCCAAAAAAUAGAGAUGCUUUCAUGUCCACUCCACCAGCACUCCCACUCUCUCCUUCUCCACCACCGCCCAAACACCACCAUCUCCUCCUCUCUCCGCCGCACACAGAAUUCCAAAUCCACCUCCCUCCUCCUCCGCCACCUCUCUCAACCACAACCACAACCUCAACCCCAAGACCACGCUGCCCCUGCCCCUGCCCCUGCCCCUCUCGACGAAAAAGAAAAAGUAGAGCUUCUAGAACUCUCUCUCGUCACCAAACGCACUCCUCAAUUCCCAGGCUCCAUCUACGUCCAAUCCCCCUCUGACCCAGAUGUCCACACCUCUCUUCCUCCCUUACAAACCCUCUUCCAAACCCAUACCAAUGACAGUGACGAAGAAGACGAAGAAGACCAUGACUUGAUAAUGCGAGCUCUCGAGAUUCGACGCAAAGUCACUGCAGAGAUUUUCAAGGAAUCAAUGAUAAGAAAAGGCAAGUUUGGAAUCACUUACGCCACCAAUUUGACUCGCAGGUUGUCUGAUUUCAUUGAUUAUGUUAUGGUCGAGGCCGCCGCUAUGAAACGCUUGCCUGACUUCUCGGAAUCCACCUUCAAUUUUCGUGCCAAGACUGUCAUUGAUGACUCUCGUGUUGUGCCACUCAUCAGGUGGUUGAAGCAUAAUUCAGUGUCAUAUCCCAAAAUUGGGAAGCUGAUUUGCAUGUCCAGGGGAAAAAUUGAGUCAAUAAGACGGGUAAUUGAGUGGUUGAAGUCGAUUCAUGUAAAGGGAGAAUUUCUUGGGGUUGCGCUCACAAAAUCUGGAGGGAAUAUUUUGGACCGGAGCAAUGAAGAAUUGGAUGAAAUCGUUAAUUACUUGGAGAGCAAUGGAGUUAGGAUGGAUUGGAUGGGUUAUGUUGUGGGCCGGUGUCCGCAGUUGUUGUCUUACAACAUGGAAGAAGUGAGGGCCCGUGUGGGGUUCUUCUUGGAUAUGGGUAUGAAUGAGAAGGAUUUUGGAACAAUGGUCUUUGAUUAUCCAAGGGUACUUGGCUACUUCACUUUAGAAGAGAUGAAUGAAAAGGUUAGUUAUUUAAAGGAAUUUGGCAUUGGUACUGAGGAGGUUGGCAAAUUAAUAGCGUUUAAGCCACAACUGAUGGGCUGUAGCAUUGAGGAGAAAUUGAAACCUCUUGUUAAGUAUCUGUACUACCAUGGGAUUUCCCGAGAUGGUAUGAAGAGAAUACUUAUGAGUAAACCAAUAGUUUUCUGUAUUGAUUUGGAGACGACCAUUGUGCCAAAGGUACGGUUUCUUCAGGACAUUGGCAUUCGAGAUGAUGCCAUUGGCAACAUGCUUGUAAAAUUUCCUUCAUUACUAACAUGCUGCCUCUACAAGAAGAUCCGGCCAGUGGUCAUAUUCUUGAUGACCAGAGCUGGAGUGAAUGAGAAGGAUAUUGGGAAGGUUAUAGCUUUGGGACCAGAGCUCUUAGGAUGUAGCAUAUCGAAAAAGCUUGAGGUUAGUGUGACAUAUUUUAUGUCACUUGGCAUACGUUAUCGACAAUUGGGUGGGAUGAUUGCCGAUUUUCCCAUGCUCCUCCGAUAUAAUGUAGAUGUCCUCCGUCCAAAGUAUCGUUACUUGCGGAGAACUAUGGUCCGGCCUCUUGAAGAUCUGAUUGAGUUUCCAAGGUUUUUCAGCUAUUCUCUUGAUGACCGAAUAAUACCAAGGCAUAAGAUUUUGGUUGAGAAGCAGAUCAAUUUAAAGCUGCGCUACAUGCUGGCUUGCACUGAUGAAGAGUUUGACAAAAAGGUCGAGGCUAUAGUAAAACGGCGUCAAAGAUUUGAAGCUGGUCUUUUGGUAGACACUCUCUCUGAAACUGGUCUUUUGGAAGAGGAUCUGUCUGAUUCGCGGGCAACUGAUGACCCUGUCGAGAGUACGAAGCUUUCUGAAAGUGAGUCAAUAUAGUAGUUUCCAAAUUUCAAUCUGUCUUAAGGGGUAUUCUGCUAGCACUCUACAAAUUAGAGUUUUGAGGUCAAAACAUCUUGGGAUAUAGAAAUUGGGAACGCCAAACUUUCCCUCGAGGUCGAGAUGUGUUUGAGCAAUGCAGAACGACGUACAUCCGAGGAAAAAAAAAUGGCAUGGCUUCCGAAAACAAGAUGCAUUAUGGAAUUUUAAUGGUUGGUUUUCUCAGGAAGAGAGACGACAAGCAUUUCAUAAAUGGAAAGACAUCCCUCUCCAGAAGGGAAAUGAUGUGUUUUUUGGAUCAAAAAGAGGACAUGUUUGAGGGAAAGACAAGCAUUUCUUUUGAAAUCAUAUCAAUAUGCAUUUUGGAAACUAAAACAAGCAUCUUGCAGAGGGAAACAAUGAAACAUCCUUUCAGAGAUCAGUACUCUCUACUCCUCUGAACCGAAAAUGAUUAUCCUAUGGAUUAGAACUUAUGCCAGGUUACGCUUUUUUGAAUGUAUCCCUUCAACAUUCUCUUUGUAAUCUUUUAUGGGUCAUGCUAUUGGUUAACAAUCAAUUUUAAGAAAGUUUUUAUACCAGUUUUAUAGAAAAUAAAAAAAGUUGACAAAACAUUAAUUGUUCUUUUAUAUUUUUUUAUUUAUUUUCUUUAUAAAAACUUUCUUUAAAUGGAUUGUUAAUCAAUGCCCUAAGGAUAUUCAUUAGCAUUUCUCAUCUUUUAUUUGUCUAAAGGAAUCAGAAACAGUAGCAGCAAUAUUGUAGUUCUUCCCUAUGUUUUAUGGUAUUCAAUGCAAUGGUUGUAAUGUACUACAUGGACUUCUUUGUAGAUUUGUAGCUUGAAUACUUGUAAUAAGGAUCAAGUCAUGUGUUCAAAGGUA